UGAUACAACGCAAAGACCUUGCAAACCCUCCUGAUUACCAACAUACUCUCCCUCCCUGUCUCUCGCUCCCUCCCUCCCAAACCCUAGACAGGCUAUGAGUUCACUGGUGUGAGAUCCUCGACGCUUCUAAAUUCUCGGGGCUGUUCAUCUCGCUACAGAAGGUAUCUUGUAUGUUGGGUUUGUGAACUAUUUUCAAUCUCCCAUUCUCCAUCACGACCUCUGGGGUAAUAGGAUGGAUGCAGAACCUGCUGACUCCUCACCUGCACCUCCAGUUAAAGCUCCCGAAUCACAACCUCCUCCUGCCACAGACUCUGGAUCAGAUUCUCAUGAUGCACCAACCAAGCAAUCUUCUGGCUUGUCAUCAUGGGCCAAAAAUCUGAAACUUCCUCAGCCAUUGGCACCAACGCAGGACAGCUCUCAGUCUGGGAAUGGUGGACAAUCGAGUUUUUCACGCUUUACUAGUGGGUUAGGAUUGCGUUUGUCUCCAAAAGCUCCACCGUCAGAUGAUAUUUCAAAUGAAAGUCCAACAACUCUGCAACCUGGUUUUAUUGGAACAAUUACGAAGGGGAUAGUUGACUCUUCUAAGAGUGCAGUGAAAGCUGUUCAGGUUAAGGCCAGGCAUGUUGUCUCUCAAAACAAACGUAGAUACCAGGAAGGAGGAUUUGAUCUGGACAUGACUUAUAUUACAGAGAAUAUAAUUGCCAUGGGAUUCCCUGCUGGUGAUAUGAGCUCUGGUUUUUUCGGAUAUGUUGAGGGGUUCUACAGAAAUCAUAUGGAAGAAGUGAUUAAGUUCUUUGAAACUCAUCAUAAGGACAAGUACAAAGUAUAUAACCUUUGUUCUGAAAGGCUUUAUGACGCGUCAUUAUUUGAAGGAAAGGUGGCUAGUUUCCCAUUUGAUGACCAUAAUUGUCCGCCAAUUCAUCUAAUAACAUUAUUUUGUCGAAGUGCUUAUGCAUGGCUGAAAGAGGAUAUUGAGAAUGUUGUGGUUGUGCAUUGCAAGGCCGGAAUGGCAAGAACAGGACUGAUGAUUUCCAGUCUUCUCCUAUACUUAAAAUUCUUUCCGACCGCUGAGGAGUCUAUUGACUACUACAACCAGAAACGAUGCUUUGAUGGAAAAGGGCUUGUUCUGCCGAGUCAGAUUAGGUACGUUAAAUAUUUUGAACGUAUCUUAACAUACUUCAACGGUGAAAACCCACCUGGCCGCAGGUGCAUGCUUAGGGGAUUUCGGCUUCAUAGGUGCCCAUACUGGAUCAGGCCCACCAUUACUGUAUCUGAUCAUACUGGUGUUCUCUUCUCCACAAAAGAACAUCCUAGAACAAAAGGUCUUUCGCCAGAAGAUUAUUGGUUUUCUGCUCCAAAGAAGGGUGUAAUGGUCUUUGCCCUGCCAGGGGAACUUGGUUUGACAGAGUUAGCUGGGGACUUCAAAGUCCAUUUUCAUGAUCGUCAAGGAGAUUUUUACUGCUGGCUGAACACAACAAUGACGGAAAAUAGAAAAGUUUUAACCAACAAUGAUCUCGAUGGGUUUGACAAGAGAAAACUUCCUUCCCCAGGGUUUCAGGUUGAGGUGGUUUUAGUGGAUUAUAGCGGCAAUGUUCCUACAACACCUAAUACUGAAACUUCUGCUAAGAAACCAGAUGAAAGCUCAGGUACCAAACCUUCCUCGGAUGAGGGGGGUGCAGCUGCUGCUCCACAAGAAAGUAAAAGCCCCGGAAGUCAAGACAAGGAUGAUGUGUUCUCAGAUAGUGAGGCAGAGGAAGGUGGCUCUGCUAAGAGCCGGCAAGCAGAAGCAACUUCUCCACCCGCAGGUGUACCCGUGGCCAGUACCAGCACCAGUUCCGAGUCUGAUACCAAACCAGAUCAAAUUUCAAGUUUAACAAAUGCGACUAAGCAAGUUUCUAUUGGAAACACGGACUCCAAACAGGCGGCUGCUGCUAGUGAGCCUAAAAGUUCUGUUAGUGGUGGAAAUGCGUCAGGCCUUGAGGCUUCGAGCACAGAAAGUGAAUUUAAGGCAAUGGCUGCUGAUGCCUCCGUUUUCUCGUUUGGAGAUGACGAGGACUCUGAAAGUGAGUAAACAAGGGGGGUGCGCCUCGGGCUGGGAAAAUCUGUACAUAAUAUGGUUUGCAAGCAUUUUUAAGUGCACCAGUUGCUGAUACUAGGUUAUGUUCCGUUCCGUUUGUAGUUGAAAGUACGUUUCUGUUAAGUGGAUUAAGAAAGAAAAAGGUUUCUUUGAAGAUGCGAAUAAUUGACAUCGAACUGUGAUGGGGAUUUGUUGGAAUUCAUUUUAUUGUUUGUAAAGGAAGAGAUAAGAAAACCUGUAAAAUAUCAUUUCGUGCUUUCUGGCGUA